CGCGACGCGUCUCUAUUUAAAACAGCCAAACACCGGCUUUUGCAGUCGCUUUACCUCUGGUAUUUUUUUUUCUGUACAAUUCACUGCUGUUUGUUUUGUUUAUCUUCCCUCCACUGGGUUCAUUCUUUUUUUCUUCCCUUUUCGUCCAGUUUUCUGUUUUUCUGUAUUCCAUUCUUUACUUUUGCUUUUUGCUCUUACUUUUUACUUUUACUUUUACCCUAACCAACCCAGUAUAUUCUAGUUUUCCUAUUUGUUUUGUUUUGGUUUUCUUAUUUUUUUUGAUUCCACUGGACGAAGACCCUCCCUCGUCUGUGUUCUAUAUACUCUAGGAAAAAAAAAAAACAACAUUGAUAUUCUUUAAGUUUUAGUGUUUUUGUUUUUGGUGUGUUUGUUUCUAUCUCCUUUUCUUUUCUUUUCUCUUCUUCUUUAUUUUUAAACCUUUUUUUUUUGCCGCCUUUCUUUGUUUUCUUUGCUUUUGGUAUUCUUACCGUACGUACACCCGUUUUCAUAUUCCUACUCCUACUCCACUCGGACUCUACUCUACUAUCAUACAGAGUCCUCACUUGUUGUUUUACUUAAAAAUAGCAGUCUAUCUACUUUUGGUUUCUCAUUUCUCAUCUCUCAAGAUUGAUCACUCAUUUCUCUCCUGUGGUUGAUCAAUCCUCAUCCACCAUCAUCGAUCGCAUUGAAUCGUUUGUUUUUGUGCCUCUUUCUCUCGCCGGAUUUCCCCCCGAUUGCCCGUCUACACCGGACUUUGUCUUUUCCUCGGACUAAAAAUUUCGUCCUUUCUUAACGCCUAAUUCUUCUCAUUCGCCCCACCCGGCCUGAUUCGCUCAUAACAGUUCGGUUGCUUUCUCUAGUGCAGUCAUUCUUGUUUGGAUUGGAAAUUUGCCACCUUUGCUCUUUCCCUUCAUAACGUAUCGUUUGCUCUCGUUCAAAGUGUCCCUUUGUGCACUGUUUACAUAUAGAAUUACGCUGUCUAUAUUCUUCGUUAUUCUACCAAGUAUAUAAGUAGACUGGGGCGCACAACAGUUCCCCUUCUUGCUUUAUCCUCCUUUUUUUUUCGCGUUUUCCCUAUUUCUCCCUUUUUCUUUACACUGUUUUUUAGUUAGUUACGCUCAGUUCUGGAGCUUUGUCUUAUUAGUGCUUCUAUUUGUGGCUAUUCCUUCUUCUUAUUUGACAAGCUCUUGUGUGCGUCUCCUCUUCUCCAAUCAUUAAAGUUUGAUAUUCUCUUUCUUUCCUGUGCCAAAACCGUUGCUUUUUCUUCUUUUUAUUUUUUUUAAAAAAGUCUGUUGUUUUGUUCUUUUUCUUUUUCCCUAUUAUUUUUAUUUUUUGUUGUUUUCUUCAAACAUAUACACACUCCACAAGUUUUUGUUUCGUAACGUUUCCUUUCUCUGCAUAGUCUUUUAUUUUGUCUAUCGCAAUUUCUCCUUUGACUUUCCCCAACACUCACUCACAUAUAUAUAUAUAUACGCAUUUCAUUAUAUCAUCCUUUCUUUUGAAAUUGCUCCCCUUUUUCAUUUCUUUUUGAAGCGUUCACAAUCCUUUUUUUCUUUUUCUUGGAUUGUUCUUUUAUCCGUGCUCUUUACAUUUCACGUACUUUUGCAAACUAAACAUUCUAACGGGGUUUUUUGUCUCAAUUGGUUUCCUUUGAUUCGAAUUUGAUUUCAAAUCCACGGUCGAUUCCUUCUUUCCACUCUACUUUUUCUUUCAUACAAAUUUCCAAAGGUUUUAUUUGCAUCGUCUUUUGCAUUGGUUCAUAUUUCUCUUUUUAUCCCUUCAUCGAUUGUAAAAGUACUUGAGGAUUUCUUGUCUUUUUUGUAUUCCAACUAAUUUAUCACGGUCUCUUUUUCUGUACUUUUGUGCGUCUCCUUUUCCUUUGCAUUUUUUAUAUUUGUUUUUCUUGUUUCUUGAGAUAAUCUCAAAAUUCUAAAGUCAUCUCUUUUGUUUGUUUAUUAUCCACUUUCUUGUGAGUUACUUUUAUUUUCUUACCUUGCUGCUUGUCUUGAGAAGGUUUCUGCUUUACCUUCUUUUUUAUUGAACGUUUGCGUCAGUUCUUUUUUUUUUUUUUUUUUUUUAGUUGUCUCUGUUGUUUUCUUUGUCUCGUUUCAAAAAAGUUCCUUUGUGUUUUCGAAAGUUUCCGUUUACGUCCACUUUUGUUUGAUUGCUUUUGUCUUGAUUUGUAUUUUCUAUUUUCUUUGCGUUUCAGUUUCAAAUGUCAAUUGAUUGCUUAUAUCAGCGUUCUUUGUUUCACCCCUCGUUCCUGUCUGCCAACCCAUCUUCUUCCUCUGAACCGGUAUUGAAAAUGCCAGCUGCUUCUUCAGGCCCUAGCAUCUCGGAUUACCAGACUUUAGCCCCACCUUUGCUGAAGCGCCCUUCGUUGGCUUCUCCCUACUCAUCCUCCACCUCCCCUGUCUCACCCGUCAGCUUUGAACCAAAGAACAACGACACCCUUUGGAUGGGUGAUCUUGAGAGUUGGAUGGAUGCUACCUUUUUGCAACAGCUUUGGGCUUCUCUUGGCGAACCAGUUAACGUCAAGGUAAUGCGUUCAAAAACCGCCUCUUCCGAUGCUUUGAUUAGCUACUGCUUUGUUCAAUUCGCUUCUUCGGCUGCUGCCGAUUUUGCUCUCAGGAAGUAUAACAACACCGUUAUCCCCGGUGCUCAUUCCCUCUUUAAACUCAACUGGGCUACUGGCGGUGGCAUCCAUCAUGCCAAUUAUGUCAACAGAGAACCCGAAUACAGCAUUUUUGUUGGUGAUUUACUUCCUACUACCCAGGAUUCCGAUCUUUUCUUAACUUUCCAUACCAUCUAUCCUUCUUGUACCUCGGCCAAGAUCAUUGUUGACCCCGUAACCGGUCUAUCCAGAAAAUACGGCUUUGUUCGUUUUUCUAGUGAAAAGGAGCAACAGCACGCUCUUAUCCAUAUGCAAGGUUACUUGUGCCAUGGCCGUCCCUUGCGUAUCUCUGUCGCUGCACCAAAAUCGCGUGCUUCGAUAGCCGCUGAUUCUGCAUUAGGUAUUGCUUCCAAUCCCACUUCCAAUAGACAACCCAAUCAGGAUUUAUGCAGUGUUGAUCCCUUGAAUACCACCGUUUUUGUUGGUGGUCUUUCUAAUGAUUUGUCCGAGAAGGACUUACAGCUUUUUUUCCAACCUUUUGGCAAAAUAUUGAACAUUAAGAUUCCUUACGGUAAAGGAUGCGGGUUUGUUCAAUUCAAUGACAAGUUUGCCGCUGAGCAUGCCAUUAAUGCUUUGCAAGGUGCUUUGCUCGGUUCUUCCCACAUUCGUCUCGCUUGGGGUCAUAAUACACUCCCUGCAUCAGCUCUUGAGCGAGCAAGUGAUGACAGUGAAGAAGGUACUCUUUCAACUGUUGGUUCAGCUAACGCCUCCGCUACAUCCAAUUUGGUUGGCGCAAAUCCCGGCAAUCUUAAGAGUGGUCCAGUAUCUCCUAGGAGUGCUGUUGCAGCUCAGUCUUUGCUUCCCAAUUCUAUUGUCCAUUCCUUAAAUGGAAUGGAGCCUUUGAAUGUUACCCCAUUGUCCCCUCCAGCAUUGUCUCGUUCUGCCUCUAUAUCUCCCGCCUUGAGUGGUAGUGCUUCCGGUAUGACUCCUCUUUCAUCCAACUUUUCUCAUCACACCGGACAGCAAGUGCCUUCCUCGGUUUUGCAUGCUGCCAAUAUGAAUACUACGGCCAAGCCUCAGGCUAAUGUGAAGCUUCCUGAAUGGUUGCAAUCCUAUGCCGGUGAUCAAUCUUCCGCUGGAGGUCAAGACAUUUUGGCCUCUCGAUUGUCGUCUUUAAAAUUGAUGGACGAUGAAGCAUUUGGUUACCCUCCCACUUCUCUUGGCCGUUCCAACUCUUGGUAUCCCUUUGCCAAGGAGCGUCAAACAUCUCUCGCAGAUGUUGCUGAUGAAAGAGAAAAGCUAGAGUCUUUAAUGGAUAGACGUUCGAUUGGAGCUAGUGCUAAUAUUGGGGUUAAAAGUCGUUUGGCCCGCCCUUAUUCCUUCGGCCCUAGUGGUUCCCAAUUAUUACAACCCACAUACCGUCUCCCCCGUGAUGUGUAAGUUACUGGAAGUAGCUUACUGUCUAUUUUUUUUUUCUCAAGUUGUGUCUUUUUUUUCCUUUUAAAAUUCUCUAAUGGUGUUUGUAAUUUCCAUAUUUAUAAUAAUCGCUUCUUAUAAAGGGAUGAUCGAUUUUCACCGUUACUAUCCUCUGCAUUUUUCUAAAUUAUGAUUUCUGUUUUUUAAUUUCUUUUGAUGGAUCGAUUGAGGGUAGUUUCCUUUUGGCUUGAUGGUUUACGUUGACUAUUUUCUAUUAUAUUGUUACCUUUUUGAUGUCUUCCUGUUUUGUCUUAUAUUUUACUUUGUCUUCUAUGCUGUUUGUCGUUGUAAAGUUUUAUUGUCAAUAUAUUAUCAUGGCCUUCCUUCUUUUAAGUUAUUGUUUUUACUAGCGAAUUAGGGGUUUCUUUUUUUUACCUUACUUCGUCAUUUUGUUUGUUUUUCUUUCUAUUCAUUUGACGUCUUUUUUCGAACUUUUUCUCUUUUCUCAUUGUUCAUAGAAUCAAUUACAGUGUUUUAUCAUCUUGA